GCCUUCCCACUCCCUUGCUGAAAAAAUCCACAAGUGAUUUCCGGGUCAAUUACAGAUUACUUAAUACAUCACAGUGGCUCCUCGUAGUCCUGAGAUGUGUCCCUCGCCAAGUUUUCGCUCUUUUAUUCCCUUAAGUGUGUUAGGCAGAGUUGCAGAGGCUGCCAGUCUAUCAAAGUUUUGAACUAGCGCGUAAACACAGGCAAACGGGAACAAUAAAACUUACUAUCACGAAGAAAAAGAAAGCAGAGUAUUGAAAACGAUAGGCUGUUGAAGAAGUGGCUAUAAGGUACGGUAUCCAGAAGUGAAAGGCCGAUGAGGAGAAAGGCACUACCUCCUAGGACGGAGAAGAUGGAUGUUGAUCAGGACUGGCCCAGUGUUUACCCCACUGCCGCACCGUUUAAACCCUCAGCUGUUCCUCUACCUGUUCGAAUGGGAUAUCCAGUAAAGAAGGGUGUGCCCUUGGCAAAGGAAGGGAAUCUAGAGCUUUUAAAGAUCCCAAAUUUUCUGCAUUUGACUCCUGUGGCAAUUAAAAGGCACUGUGCAGCGCUGAAAGAUUUCUGUACUGAGUGGCCAGCUGCACUCGACAGUGAUGAGAAAUGUGAGGAGCAUUUUCCAGUUGAGAUUGAUACAGCGGAUUAUGUGUCAUCGGGACCAUCUAUUCGAAACCCCAGAGCUCGAGCAGUAACGUUAAGGGUUAAACUUUCCAGUUUGAAUUUAGACAAUCAUGCAAAGAAAAAACUCAUUAAACUUGUAGGAGAGCGGUACUGCAAGACCACUGAUGUGCUCACUAUCACAACAGACAGAUGCCCUUUGAAGCGGCAGAACUAUGACUAUGCAAUGUAUCUUCUCACAGUCCUGUACCACGAAUCUUGGAAAACUGAAGACUGGGAAAACAAUAAGACAGAGGAAGACAUGGACGAGUAUGUGUGGGCGAAGAGCUCCUCAGAGAAGAGUGUCCUUCAGACUCUGCUGCAGAUGAGAGCUGCGGAGAGCAGUGUGGCGCCGAGCAGAGAAGAGCUACUGGGGACUAAAGAGGUGGAGGAUUACCAGAAGUGUAUUGUUCGUCUCAAGAAUGAGGGGGAGAACGAGGCAAACCUCGCUCAGUACAAGGAGUCUGUGAAGAGACUGUUAAAUUUGGCAUGAAGUCCAAACUAGAAGGCAGCUGUAUCAAUUUUAUGUUGUAUUUAGUCACUGGUUUGAUAUAAAUGGGAGAAUCCUUAA